UAUGUUGUGAAAAUAUACUAUGUUCUUAUUGAGGUAGUAUAGGCAAAAGGAAAAUAUAGAAUGACAUUUAUUAGACAGUGUAUAAAAGGCAAAAAGGUUUGGAGUGGUGGAGAGAAUGCGAAUUAAAUGGAUUGAGGAAAAAAUGUGCAAGGAAAGACUUAAAGGAAAAGAAGAAGGAAAUGCCUUUGAUAGGAGCUAUAUUUAGCAUAUGAAUAGGGAAGUGAGGAAUGACUUUGAGAAGAGGAGCUAUAUUUAGAAUAUGAAUGGGGAAAAUUGACGACUUAAUGGCAGCUCCUAGAGGAAAUAUGGCAUCAAAACUAUCAGAUAAAAUAAAGUAUAUCUGAAACAUUUUUCCUUGUUUGAAGAAUUCCUAGAUAGUGUUAAUAAGGGGAAAAUGUUUGGAGUGGUGGGGAGACUCCCAGCUACAUAGAUUGAGGAAAAAGAUACUAAAGGAAAGAAUUAAAGGAAAGAGAAGCAAGGAAAUGUCUUUGAGAAAAGCUAUAUUUAGGAUAUGAAUGGAGAAAAUUGAAGACCGUGGCAGUUCCUAGAGGGAAAUACGGCACCAGAACUACCAGACAAAAUAAGACGUGUAAGCCUUGUGGCCGCGUCAGGAUGCUGGGCACCCGGAGGAACCUGUGCAAGGCGGUGACGACAGCCAUGCUCGUCACGCUGUUCCUCGGCUCCUUCCUUGUGAGUCCGACCCCUCCCAAAUCCCCUCGAACAGCAGACGAGGAAGAGGUGCGGAUUGUGUGCUGGGCGGUGACGGCGCCCAAGUACCACGAGACUCGCUCCCGCGCCGUGAAGGAGACGUGGGCGAGGCACUGCGACCAACACUUCUUUGUCAGCACUAAGCCAGACACAUACCUGGGAACGCUGGUGGUGAACGUCACGGAGAACUACUGGAUGCUGUGGGGCAAGACUCGCGCCGCUAUUCGCCACGCGUAUGAAAACUACCGAGAGGCCGGCCAAUGGUUUAUCAAGGCGGACGACGACACCUUCGUGAUUGUGGAGAACCUGAAGAACAUGCUGAAGCUCUACGACCACCGCAAGCCGCUCUACUUCGGCAACAAAUUCCAAAUGAAAAACAUAAGUCAGGGUUUCAUGGGAGGAGGGGCCGGCUACGUGUUGAGCAGGGCGGCGGUGAAGCUGCUCGUGGAGAAGGGCUUCCCCAACAAGACAGCGUGCCAUCCCGGACCCAAGGGCAGAGAGGACGUGGAGUUGGGCAAGUGUCUGGAGGCGGUGGGCGUGGUGGCCGGGGACUCGCGGGACCACCUGGGCCGCGACAGGUUCAUGUCCUUCACGCCGGACCUCCUGCAGGAGCGCGGGGCCCUGAGCAGGGUGGGACACUCUUGGUUUUGGACUCUGGUCUACUACCCCACCUCGGAGGGUCCGCUGUGCUGCUCGGACACCGCCGUCACCUUCCACUACGUGUCGCCGGCCAUGAUGCGCGCCCUCUACUACCUCGUCUACGUGCUCCGGCUGGCCCGCCCUCACGACCCUGCGCCGCUUCUCCCUCCAUCACUCAACGCCUCUCUUUCGUAGGGCACCUAUUUUUUUUUUUUUUUUUACAGUUAAGGAAGCAGCUCAAGGGCAAAUACAUAUUAAAACAAAAAUGUCCGCUAAACACUGCUCCUAUAAGAGAAGGUAGAGAAGAGUGGGCAAAAGAGAGGUCAGUUAUGGGUGGAACGGUGUCUUGAGGCCCCAGCAAACACGCUUGGGGCACACUGUCACAAGGUGGUGUAUAAUCUUGUCUAUUCUCUAUUUCUUGGCCUGCAGCUGGUACAUAAGUUUCUUGCAUUGUGAAACGACAUCAAUGUGGUGAUUAUUUUAUUACAGACUCUUUAAGGAGAUAAUCGACAAGCAUGUCGUAACGAAAAUGUGUAAAACUCUUUAUCGUGUGAACUAUUACCCUCCACUCACCACAAAGACUCGGAAUACGACGCUGUGGUGUAAUUUGUCGGUUUUCUCUUGUUUUCGGAAGAAUAAAAAUUCUCUAUAAAUAUUUAUGACUCUGAUAAGCAUCGAUUUAUUUAGUUUGAUUGUACAGUGUCUGAUGAAGACUUGCAUCCCUAACCAACUAACUAACUAAUGGGGAGCAUACGCCCGGAGGCGCGUCGUUUCACUACCUCGCCGUUCAUACUCCCGGCGAUCCUCCCGAGCAAGCUCCCAUGCAGCUGCCCUGUCCAUCUCAAGUCCUUCUCGGCAGGAUCUGCUGACUUGCCCCAGCCAUGAAUUACGUGGGCGUCCCCUUGGUCUCCUCCAAUCUGGGUUGUCUUGUACAAUACACAACCCUGUGAGCAGGAUCGACAACCGGGAGGCGUGCCACGUGCCCACAUAGCUGGAAUUGGCGUUCACGAGUCCCCAAUUCAGUUUCACGGAGCAAUCGCUGGUUCGACACGAAGUCAAUUCAGCGAUACCCCAUGAUCCUGCGAAGGCACUUGGCACCAAAGGCAUCGGCACGCCUCUCCAAGUCACUAUUCAGUGUCCAUGUCUCACAGCCAUACAGUAAGGCAGGGAGCACAUUGUUAUGUACUGCGCUACCAAGGUAUGUGAAUCUUCUAGUAACCUCGACAUCCUCAGCACAUGCACGAACAGACUGAACUGCAUCUCUAAACUCGGCAAAAAAAGAAGCCUAAAACUACUUGUUCCAAUAGAUCCACCCAUGAACGGUGCUGGUUACGGAACAGUGAUGUGCUGUGGUAUCUUCUGUGAGAGGGGUCGUGCCACACGAAGCUCAUACAUAUGUGCAACAAUGAUGUGAGCAUAAAGUCAAUCUGCUGUAUACAAACUGUCCACUUACAUGAAAAGUAAGGUUCCUACCUGCCAGAGUCCUCCCGUUGUCCUGCUUCCGCCCCGGACACAGGUGCACCUCGGAGGGGUUUAAUACUUUUUAAGCAGAGUUGCCAGACUCAGACGAAACUUAAUACUAAAUCUAGAUGUUUUUAUUAGCAGAUCAUGACUGAUUUAAGAACACAUAAUCUAUUUUACUAUACGAAUAGCUUAUCUUGCUAAAUUUACACGGGAAGGAAGAUCACUUUGCAGAAAAUAUUCCACUUUAAAUGGAGCGAUGCCUCCAGGCUAUAAUUACCAUCCUUCGCCAGCGUCUGCAUAGAGGAAUGUCAGACUUUACUACAUCACAGCUUCUGAUUAUACACCCAAAAAAUAAAUACAAAAAUAAUGUAGGUUGUCACUAGGUAACAUGAAGCUGAAUCAAGAACGCGACAACCAAGGAAUUUUUUUUCUCUUUCAGCUGUUGGCAGCCAUCUAUAUAGACUGAUUUAUUACAUUGCAGGUGAUUUUUGAUGUGUCUUAGCUCUUCUAUGGGAAAACAAGUGAAGUAGAUGUGACCAGAGCAUUUACUUUGAAAAACUUGGUGUCCUUAUUAAGAAGUAUCUCUACUUGACAUUAUCU